AUGGCAUCUUCCAGCGACGGCGCUGCAAGGCAGUGCGGGAUGAGGCCGACGCCAAACUACAAGCAGCCGCCGCCGGAGCCCUCCCCCUCCUCGCCCACGUCGCCGGCGUCCAUCCUCGUCGGAUCCGGUGCCGCCGGGCCUCUCUGCGCCUCCGCCGCCCCGCCAAGUCCGUCUGCUGGAGCUGCCUCUGUCCGCUGCCUGCUCGAUCCCCUACCUCGACCACGUCCGUGCGCGUGCGCAAGGGCUGCAAGGCCCAACAGCGCUUCGCGGGGGCAUGCGGAGGCCGGCGCCGGCGAGCAGGCAGUGGAGCGCGUCGACGGGGCCAUGUUGGAGGUCUUGGGCGCCGACCUGCUCCACCCACCUCGAGCCGACGCACGGCUGCUGGCCGACGAGCACAUACAGGGGGCCGGCGAUGCCGGAGGCAGAGGAGAGGGGCGGGCACCUUCCGCGCCGACGAGCGCAGCCGAAGUUGUCCCUCCGUCCAUCUUCUCUGCCUCUGGAUAA